GAGUGUGUGUGUAUAUAUGCAUGUGGAUGCAUGCUUGUGUGCAGCAGGGGUGUGUAUCUUCUCUCUCUCUCUCUCUCUCUCUCUCUCUCUCUCUCUCUCUUCUCUUUCAUGCCUUCCACUGCCUUGUGUUAAAAGCUUUGUGAAAGAGGAGCUACAAAACAACAGGUUCUGGUCUGAUCAUGGCCUCCAAGCUGAGCGUGCUGCUGCUGUUACUGGCUGUUGCCACAGUAACCGUGCUGGCCCAACGGCGACGCCCAACAUCUACGUCCACAUCCACAUCGACGUCAACAAACACGGACGAGUGGAACUACAGGGAUGGCUCUGAGAAGGUGAACAUGCGUAACGUGGCCAACCUGACUCAGGUUCUGGACAACUGGAGGUUCGACAUCCUGAGCCAGAUGAGAGGACUCCUGCAGAACGACCACCAGUCUCUGCUGCCCGACUACGCCAGGAUCCAGCCGCUCUCUGAGGCUUUAGACGAUCUCUACAAGGAGUUCAACGCCCUCAAAGCUCACCUGGGCGACCUGACCGAGAAGUUUUCCGCCAUAGAGACCUUCAUCGACGAGUUCAAGGCCGGAGGAGCCAACAACGCCAACGCUGGUCCAGCUGCCAAUCCAGUUCCGGCCGCCGUGCCCAGACAGGCCGGAAGGAGAGUGGUGAGGAAGAAGGCCACGACUUCCUAACCAGCCAAUCACGUGCUUUUUCUUUCCUGAUAUUUGCCUCUUUUUUAAAACUGCCUUCUUUGUUUUGAAUUUAAAUGUAUCUGUCUGAAGCUAAUCCUCUUUUGAUUCUGUUAGAGUCAUGAGGACGUCAUAAAGAUAUAAAAAAUAUCUCAAAUAAAGAUUAAAAAUACGGGGCGCUGGUGGCAAAGUGUAUAGAGGCUGUGGUCCUCCAGGUGGGCGGCCCGGGUUAGAAUCCGACCUGUGACAUCUCUCCGAUAAAGGCCCAAAAAGCCAAAAAAUAAAUCCUGGAAAAAAAAAAAAAUUAUUGAAAAAACACAGAUGAAAUAUAUCACUAGUUUUUUUUAUUCCUGUUCAUCUAUCCAGCUGAGCUGAAUAGAAAUCUUUUGAUCCGUCUCUUCUGAUUCUGUUACUUUAAAAAAAAUAAAGGCUUGUUGGUUUUGGGGUUUUUACUGCUGCAUUAUACGAAUUCCUAAUAAACUCACUUAUUGCAUUCAC